AGGAUGUAGCCAGUCUUUCUCCCUCAGAGAGCGGAGGCUGUCAGACCGGAGGAGUUCGCGCUGCUGCGCUCUGACACGAAAUAACCAUGCCUCUUUAGCACCUCGGACGGGCUGAAUUUGACAUUUAUUCACCCCCUUAAAAAGUCAUCAGCUACCAGUACUUAUUUGAACAUGUUUCCGUAACUUUUUUUUUCCGGAGGCUAAAUGGUUAGCUUGAGGUUUAGCUUACAACUCGGGGCACCUUGCUAAUUGGCGACUCCAAAUUCCACUAAACAACCCUUCCAAAAAAAAAAAUAUCGGAUAUCUUGAGGAGUCGACCUAGCUGGAGAAGAAAAUAACAACAUGGAUGAAUUUUUAGGCAGCGUUCGUCCCGUCGGCGGCGGUGCGAGGAGCAGGCCCGACGACAUCCCCGGUAUUUCCUCGUUGCCCGCGCCGGACGUGUGCCACCAGAUGGCCCACUGCAGGACUCUCUUCUCCCCAGUAACAGCCUCGGUUCACUCGCCUGUUAGCAACCUCGCGCUGGAUAUGAACAAAUUCAUGGGACUCGGCAGUCAAUGUGAUACACCGAAGAGGAGUGUGCGUGCACGCCUGGAGAAAGUGUCCCCCAUCGCCUCGGAUGCCUCAUCCGAUGCCGGCCUCGGCAUGGAUUACCCCAGUCCCAUCGAUACCCUGGAAAUGGAGGACUCGUUCGAGAAGGCCAUUCAACAGUCCAGUCGAGUCCACGAGAAAAUGCCCGUCAGGCGAAACAACUCCUUACCGCUUCAGCUCCUUUGCUUCAGUCCGACCCUGAAGGGAUCCGAACCAGACCCGAACCGCUACGGAGUAUUUGGCCAGCAGCCCGUCCGCGUCGACUCCUCCUCUUCCUCGAACGCCUCAUCGGCGUGGGACAACAAGGAGAACAUCCCCAAGGAGUGCUUUGAAUUCAAGAAGCCCACGCAGCCCGUGGCCCGCAGCCGAAUGCGCUCCGUCGACACUGCCCCCCCGAAAGAUCCUUUUGCCCACCGCCCCAACUCGGCGCCGGCCCUCAUGGUGUCGCCUCCCGCAGCGCAGCAGCCCCGGUUUAGCGACGACAGUCCGUUGUUCCUUCGAUGUUCCUCCCUCGCGUCACUCGACGACGACGACGACGACGAUGAUGACGGCUUCCUGGACGUGCUGGACGACAACAUGGAGAACACAGACGACAUGCCCCGAGGGAUGGCCGACUUGCUCACAGCGCCCCUAGUGGCUGACGGCUUUGGCGAAGGCUCGCCCGCGAUCCGCUGGCGGCCUCGGAGCCUUUUCCGCUCGCCGUCGAUGCCCAGCCCCUCCGUGUCGCGCCCCUGCGCCAAGCGGCCCGACUGCCCCCCCGACGACAACAACGCACCCGUGCAGGUCAAGCGACGUCGCAGCCUGGCGAGGUCUGAAGUCACCGCGGAGGACGUCGCUUCCCCCAAGACGGCUUGCAUGCAACUCCAGAGGUCCAAGUCCUUCUGCCAGGCGGACAUUGACAAAGUUCUCGACCGGAACGACGGCGCCGACGAACUUAUUGGAGACUUUAGCAAACCCUACGCUUUGCCAACGGUGGAGGGAAAACAUCAGGACCUCAAGUACGUCACGGGAGAAACGGUGGUGGCGGCGAUGAAGGGCGACUUCGGCCACCUGCUGGAGCGACUCAUCAUCAUCGACUGCCGCUACCCUUACGAGUAUGACGGCGGGCACAUCAAGGGUGCCCUGAAUCUCUACCUGGAAGACGAGGUCGAGGACUUCCUGCUGCGGCGGCCACCGCCCGAGGCCGCGGCGUGCCCAGACAACAAGCGCGUGGCGGUGCUGUUCCACUGCGAGUUCUCGUCGGAGCGCGGGCCGCGCAUGUGCCGCUUCGUGCGCGAGCGCGACCGCGCCAUCAACGACUACCCCAAGCUCCACUACCCCGAGCUCUACGUGCUCAAGGGAGGCUACAAGGAGUUCUUCCCUCUCUUCCAGGUGCAAUGCGAGCCGGAGUCGUACCGUACCAUGAUGGACGAGGACUUCCGCGAGGACCUGAGAAACUGUCGCCUGAAGAGUCGCUCGUGGGCCGGCGAGCGCAGCAAGCGGAGCAUGUACAGCCGCCUCAAGAAGCUCUGAGCGUCGCCCCCCCCCCCCCCCCCCGCGGGCCACGCCCCCUUUGAAUCCACCUUUGCCAACCACUUUUGGCCGAGUGUCUGCCAUCACUGCCAAUGUUCACUUUAAAAAAAAAAAAAGUCGCAGUACUUAAAAACACCUUCAUGGUGAGACUCGAUUUUUUUCUUUUUUUUUUUUUUUUUGUGUCCACCCCCACCCCACUCUCCACACUGCCUACGCGUUUUGACAAAUUGAGUUCCCCGUCGACCAUCUGAACCACAUCUACGUUGUCAUUGUUCUUAAUUUUUUUUUUU